UUUUUUUUGGGGUUUCAGAAAGAAGUAUCCCGUUUGCGUGGUCUAGUUGGUGGAGGAGAAAUUCAGGAUAAUGACAUUUUAGUUGUCAACUUCCCAGGUUCUCCUGGAUCCUUCAAGUGGGAGGGUGUGCAAGGAUCAUUCACUCCAUUAACCUCUGUUAAAAGGAUAUCUCAGAAAAAAGACUAUGACAUUGCCCUUGUUGGGGCCUUUAGAAGGGAAAAGGACAAAGAGAUGGAAUUACAGGCACUAAGAGAUGAAAUUCAAGCGUCCAUGAAGCUGGUGAGACAAAGAGAAGAUGACAUACAAAGUUUGAAGAUGAGACUACGUUUUCGAGAAGCUGGAAUAAAAAGAUUACAAACAGUUGCUUCUGAGAAGAUCUCAGCUGAGACACACUUGCUAAAAGAAAAAGAGGAGCACUUGAAGGAAAUUGAGGUCUUGCGGGCCCAGGUGGAUCGGAAUAAUGAAGCAACUACAUUUGCUAUGGAAAAUUUGCAGCUAAAAGAAGAAAUUAGAAGGUUAAAGUCAUUUUGUAUGGAAGGUGAACGAGAACGGAUGAGUGAACAAAUCAUGGUAUUGGAAAAUAAGGUAUGA